ACUCCAUGACUAUGAUUACCCGUUAACGUUAACAACAAUAACAAAUCAACAACAAGACAGAGUACCAGACUGCCGAAUCUGGACUUAGGUCUUAGACUCUACUACAACUAUAGUCAUAACUCAUAAUUAGUGUUAAGUGACCAACUUGAUUACUUGAAAGGAACUUAGUGGCUUGUGCGUUGCGAGUUAGUCGUAAUCGCAAUAAUACUUAAUUACCGAAUAUUAUUAGGCAAUAAACUGAAUAAUUGUAUGCGGUCUUUUUUGACAUAUUGUUGCAAUAUUAUACGUGUAACGUAAAGGUAGUGUUCAGAUAAUAUCACCACCUACAGCAACUACAAGUUACAACUACUGUCAAUAAUGUCAAAUAAUCAAGAAGCGAUGCAAGUGUGUUCUUUGCCUUUACCACCUGUGCAAUACUUCCAAAAUUAUUCAGAUGAAAACAUUAGGCGGGGCCGUGCUUCUAAACCUCCACCGAUAAUUCAAGAAACAUACACAAUGUUUGGAAACCCCUAUAAUGCUGAAGAUAGUAUUAUAAGACCUUUAGAAAGUCAGGGUUUUAAACGCCUUUACCCUCAACAUUUUGAUAGACGACGUGAAUUACGUAAACUUAACCAUUCGUUAUUGGUGAACUUUCUCGAUUUACUUGAUCUGCUAAUCCAAUGUCCUGACUCUCCUAGACGAGCUGAAAAAGUUGAUGACAUAAGUCUACUGUUUAUUCACAUACACCAUUUAUUAAAUGAGUUUCGUCCUCACCAAGCACGAGAAACUGUCCGUGUCAUGCUAGACUUGCAGAGGAGACAGAGAAAUGAAACCACAAUACGAUUGCAAAAACACAUAGAUAAAGUUAGUGAUAUCUUACAACAAACAUUAGAAAAUUUGCCAGACACAGAGCUUGAUUCUAAGUUAAUGGUGGAUACAUCCAAAAUUGAUCGUUUGGAACAGAAAAAUGCUGAUGAACCAAGAGUUGACAAAUGUGUACCUAAAGAUAAAUUGAUGUGUCAUCUUAUUGAUACAAUGAAUACCAAUUAAAAAUUAAGACAGUUUAUUUAUCUUUUGUUAUUGUUUUAUAUAUUUAUACUUAAAAAUAUUUUGAACUAACAAUGUUUUUGUCAUUCUUUUAAAAUUGAAAUAUUUAUGUCCCCAUGGCCCUUUACAUUACCUUUGUGCAUUUUAAAAUUUAAAGAACAUUGAAUAAUUUAAAUAUACAUUUUUUUUCUAUUGAUAGGUAAUUGGUUAAUAUUUUAUAAUGAUAUCACUAAAAUAUCUAACCACUGUUUAAUUGUAUUUAUCAACUUACUGUAUAAUUAUUUUUUCUAAAAUAAUUAAUUAUGAAUUGAAGUAGAUUUUAGUAUCACUUGUAUAUUUUACUUAUGAAUUAUGGUACUUUUUUUUAAUAAUAAUAUUUUAUAAAUCUA